CACAAAGCAUUUUCCCUAUCUUACCUGCUAGGAAAAUAACAGGUAGAAGAUGCCGACACCGUAGGACCUCGUCACCUGGAACAUUUAUGUGCCGGCUAAUUACCACUGUACCGGCCAUGUCCUUGAGGGACCCUAAGAAAUGUCAAGCACGCGAUGAAGUCGUGACUGUCGAAAAAUGUUUGAUGUAAACACGUUGAGUUUCAAGUGAUGCCAAUCAAGCCCCCAACCACCUUUAUCAGGUGCUCUGAAUCGGAAAAUCUGUUAGCAAUCAAUAAAAAGGUAAAAGGAAAGGCAUAGCUUGGGAUAUUAUGUAGACAUAUAAUUUUAGACACGAGCAUUUUGACCGAGUUUCGGGACCGCCCACACCCCCAGCCACGCCCCCACCUCCCUUUGGUCGAAACAGGUGAACACUCGGGCGGUCUGUCGUCCCUGGCAACGUUCGUUAUGAAAACUAAACGAAAACAAAUGCGUCCAAAGACAGCGAGACAACAUGCUCUGAAAAUUGGAGAAGUCAGACAGCGGAUACAUCCGUGAACAGCGACGUCGGCAAGUUGGGACAGCCGAGGCAGAUUCCAUCGCUGGGAUAGGACAGGAUCCCACGCACCUCCUCCUUCAGCAUCAUCGGCGCCGGUUGUAGGAGUCCUUGUUAGUCCCCAACAGUCCUUGCCACAGCUCCGGCGAACGCGGACUCGGACUCGGUCUCGGCGACACUCGACGGCAUACUGGGGAACUGUAUAGACAUCGACUCGGUGGCCGUGGUGCAGCACAAGCUGGUGCACAGAAUUGUAGGUGGCAAGAUGUCUCCGCCCGUGCUGUACUACCUGCCGCCCAGCCCGCCCUGCCGCAGCAUCCUCCUGCUGGCCAAGAUGCUCGACCUUGACUUCGAGCUGAAGAUCGUCAACAUCCUGGAGGGGGAGCAGCUGAAGCCGGACUUCGUGGCCAUGAACCCGCAGCACUGUGUGCCGACCAUGAACGACGAGGGCCUGGUGUUGUGGGAGAGUCGAGCGAUCCUCUCCUAUCUGGUGGCAGCCUACGGCAAGAGUGACGAACUGUAUCCCACGGACAUCCGCGUGAGGGCCUUGGUUGACCAGCGGCUCCACUUCGAUCUGGGCACCCUAUACAUGCGACUCACGGACUACUAUUUCCCCACAAUGUUUAUUGGAGCCCCGUUGGACGAAGGAAAGCGGGCCAAACUGGCUGAAGCUGUGGGCUGGCUGAACACGAUUUUGGAGGGAAGACAGUAUGCAGCCGCCGAGCACUUCACCAUUGCAGAUCUUACGCUUUUGGUGACCGUUUCCCAGCUGGAGGCCUUCGAAUUCGAACUGAGACCCUACAAACAUAUUCGCCAGUGGCUCGAUCGCUGCAAGGAGCACAUGGCGCCGUUUGACUACGAGGAGUUGAAUGCCAACAAGGCCAAUCUGCUGGCCGAUAUGUUUAAGGCCAAGAUGAACCAAUCUGCCGCCUCAUAAGUCUCGUAUAAACAG